CUGUGUAGGCGGCACCCUUAACCUAGUGCACCACGGCCAGGGACCGAUUGGAUUUCCCAAAGAAAAACUGGCAUUGCAGCCGACGUGUAAAAGGUGUCACAGACGUUUUUAUUUUUCAUUAGGACACACACACACUGGUGAAACUGCAAGAUGAAUUUCCUUUUGGAGACACUUCGGUUGAUAGUAUUAUCUAUCUUUUACCACUUGGAGGCUUUCAUAAAAAUGUUCAUCCCAUCUAAGAAGAAGGAUGUAAGUGGUGAAAUAGUUCUCAUCACCGGGGCUGGCAGUGGCAUCGGCAGGCUAAUGGCUCUUGAAUUUGCCCGAAUGGAUGUUGUUUUGGUUCUAUGGGACAUUAAUCUUGAAGGUGUUAAAGAAACUACUCUUCAAGCCAAAGAGAGAGGUGCUGACAGGAUACACUACUACCAGUGUGACUGCAGCAACCGGGCUGAGGUCUACCGUGUGGCAGAUCAGGUCAAAAGUGAAGUUGGUGAUGUCAGCAUACUCAUAAAUAAUGCUGGUAUUGUAACUGGGAAGAAGUUCAUGGAUACUCCAGAUGCUCUGAUUGAGAAAACUAUGGAAGUGAACACAAUGGCACAUAUGUGGACAUAUAAAGCAUUCCUACCUGCUAUGACAGCCAAGAACCAUGGGCAUUUGGUCAGUGUUGCCAGCUCUGCUGGCCUGAUAGGUGUGAAUGGCCUGGCAGAUUAUUGUGCAAGUAAAUUCGCUGCCAUCGGCUUUGCUGAGUCAGUUAAUCUGGAGUUGAUAGCCAAGGGAAAGGAUGGAGUAAAGACUACAAUUGUGUGCCCGUACUUCAUUAACACUGGCAUGUUUGAUGGCUGCAGUACUAAGUGGCCCCAUGUUCUGCCUAUCUUGGAGCCAGCUGAUGUUGCCAAGAGGGUUAUUGAUGCCAUUUUAUCAGAUCAGUUCUACCUUCUGCUUCCAAGGAGCCUGUACUUUAUACUGGCCUUGAAAGGCAUUAUACCUUUCAAACUGUCCAUUGUCCUGGGGAUGUACUUUGGUGCCUUUAACUUCAUGGAUGCUUUCAAAGGAAGACAGAAGAAGCAGGAUUAGGCUAUCAAAAACACAACUCACAAAUCCUGUGGUACCAGUACCUCAUGUAUUUAAUGUUUUCUUUUUUUUUAAUCUGUGUGUAACUUCAUUGCGGAAGUAUUAAGUGCCACUGCUGAAAUGUUAUUUCAGUGACCUUGUUACAGCUGACCGGGAGACACUGGAUGUGGUAUUGGAAAAAAUCAUGUGAUUUUUAUGUGAGAACUCCCAUUGGAAAAAGAGAGAUUUCUAUCUAUUUAAAUAAUUUAACAUGCAUUAGGGGAUUCAAAUGAAUGAAGGACUUUGGAAACCAUAUGGUAUCAUUACUUUAUCUUUAUGUAGUUUAAUAUAUUCUAUUUCAUUGUUUUAAAACUUCAUUUGAUUCCUGUCAACCUCAACAAGAAAAAGUGACAUUUUGCUUGUUAGUUAGACAUUAAUAUGCUCUGUGCCUGUAGUGACUGUGAACACAGUAUAUCUGAAGAGGAUGGACUAGAAGAUGUUUUGUUUGUUUGUUUUAAUGAACAUCUAUGUCCACUAAGAUCAGGUCCUUCUCAUUUCAGUGAAGGGUGAAGGUAUACUAUAGUACAGUACCAUAAUUACACAUGUAUUCAUGCUGUAUGCUGGUCUGCUACAAGGGCAGAGUGGUCUUUUUAUUUGAAACUGUAUUUGAAACACUCAAGACAUCAUCCAUGUCAUUUGGACAGCCUUUGGAGAAUACAUGUAUUUGUGGGAUCCCUUUGUUGUGAUUGAAUAGAAUAAAAUGUUUAAUAUGACUGAAUAAGCCUUGUUAAGAAUAACAGUGCUUACAUUUGAAAUGUUUAAAAGAAUUUAAAAGAAAUGUCUUCUGGGCACAAGUGAAGAGGUUUGGUAUUUGGUUAUCUCAUUCCUUCAAAAUCACAUUCAAAUAUGUAUUCAUUUGUUAGCUCUCAUUCUUUCAUUUUUUAAUGCAUGUAUAUACAAAUUGUUUUUCAGUUAACCAAUGUCUCUUUUGAAAUUCUGUUGAUUAUGGUUGUGUUUCAUUGUGUCAGUUAUAUCAAAUGUCACAAUGCAAUAUUUACCUGGAUUGUAGCUUUGGUAAUGGCUUGGAAAUAAAAUGAUGAAGAAAUCCA